UACAAACUUCAUUAAACACGGUAAAACAGCGUGUAGAAUUCGAUAUAAAUGAUCGAACUCGUUCACCUAAUUGGUAUAUAACUUGUCAAAGAGCUAAUUGCAAUACACUUGAUGUUGGAGAUUUAAUUUAUCAAAAUAGUUUAAUUGAUUUUAACUUGGAAAAAUUUAUAGAUAAAACAUCAGCUGGUUUAUCAAUAAGAUUUUCAUCUAGUUUUUAUAAAACAUUUUUUAUAAUUUUUGUAAUAUCGAUAAUGAAAACAUUAUACGGAUAA